AUGUUCGGCACUCCAGAAGGCCCUUGGAACAUCUCUCGUAAAUUGGAAAACCGCCUCGGACCCCGGCUCAAAGUCGACGCCAUUGUUGAGAUCAAUGGUCCUCGAGCGGAAACGGCCCUCACCUCGAAGCGAGAGUCAUUUGUACAUGAGGCGUACAAUGAUACUGUAGUACUGCCGGACAUUGAAGAGUUCAAGAGGAGGGUCGAGGCUGGUAUCUUGAAAGAGCCUCGAGCCAUCUUUGUCGCUACCCCACCCACUUUCCGAGGUGGUCUUGGAUCCAACAACAAUCUAGAAGUCAAGAUUAAUGAACUCUUCCCCAACUCUGCCAUCUUUCUAGAAAAGCCGGUAGCCACUGGCCUCCCAGCCGAGCAGAGUGUUGGCGAAGCGAAAGCUGUAGGCGCCAUGCUCGAGACACAGCACAACGCCCCAGUUUCUGUUGGCUAUGUCCUUCGAUAUCUCAAGGCCGUCCAAGAGAUGAAGAGGAUAAUUGAAGAGAACAAUUUGACCGUCAUGGCUACAAAUGCCCGAUAUGUCACCGCCUACGAGCUUGCUAUCAAGACUGACUGGUGGGACAAGUCUCAAAUGCAAGGCCCGAUCAUUGAGCAAGGCACUCACAUCUGCGAUCUCUCGCGUUACUUUGGCGGCGAGAUCGAGAUGGAGACCAUCGCUGCUCACGCGCUGGAGGCUCACGAGAAGCCUGGAUACCUGUCAAAGCGCAACUUUGACGAGACGGUUAUUUUGGAUGCGAAUCGUAUUCCCCGAGCUACUGCUGCGAGCUGGAAAUACGAAUCUGGCGCCGUCGGAACAUUGUUGCAUGCCACUGCACUGCACGGCAAAGACUAUGCUAUCGAGCUUGAAGUCUAUGCGGAUGGGUACCAACUGAUCCUUUCUGACCCCUACGGCACGCCAGCUCUCCACAUCCGCAAGCCUGGAUCAGAUGCCAUUGAAAUUCAUCCCACCCCUGGUGAUGACCCCUACCAAGCGGAGAUUGAUACCUUCAUCGACACGGUCGAGAAAGGUAAUCCGGCGAUCAAGAUCUUGUCGUCCUACAAGGAUGCGGCCAAGACGUACGAGAUGACUUGGGCCGUCAGGAAAUCCUCAGAGGAGUCGACGAGGAGGCUUGAUAGAAAAUACAGGAGAGUGUAA